AUGAACAGAAAUGAGGAAUAUCUUUGCGCUAGAAUUAUAAGCAUCGAAAUUGACCUGUUACAUUUAAUUAAAUUCAACAAAAUCUAUCUAUCUAUCUAUCUAUCUAUCUAUCUAUCUGUCUGUCUGUCUGUCUGUCUCAUACUUGCUAUGCCUAUCUGUUUAAUUCCAUUCAUUUCUAUCCAUUAUUCUGUCUGCCUGCCUGCCUACUUUAUUCUCUUCAUAUCUAUCUAUCUAUCUAUCUAUCUAUCUAUCUAUCUAUCCCAUUCUUUUCAUAUCUAUCUAUCGAUCGCUCAGUAUCUUCAAAUCUAUCUAUCUAUCUAUAUAUCUAUCUAUCUAUAUAUCUAUCUAUCUAUCUAUCUAUCCCAUUCUUUUCAUAUCUAUCUAUCGAUCGCUCAGUAUCUUCAAAUCUAUCUAUCUAUCUGUCUAUCUAUCUAUCUAUCCCAUUCUUUUCAUAUCUAUCUAUCGAUCGCUCAGUAUCUUCAAAUCUAUCUAUCUAUCUAUCUAUCUAUCUAUCUAUCUAUCUAUCUAUCUAUCUAUCCCAUUCUUUUCAUAUCUAUCUAUCGAUCGCUCAGUAUCUUCAAAUCUAUCUAUCUAUCUGUCUAUCUAUCUAUCUAUCAGGUAUUUACUAGACAUUUGUGUCAACACUCGUCCAUAUGUCAUAUGCUACAAUUCUCUUAUCUCUCUCUCUCUCUCUCUCUCUCUCUCUCCUUUCUAUCUAUUUAUCUAUCUAUCUAUUUUCAUAUUUCCGUUACUAUUUAUUCAAAUGUAUUCCCUUAUAUUGAUAUAUUGAAUCCGUUUGUUUUGUUUGUCUAUUUGUGUGUUUCCUUGUUUCAUAACUUUCAUCUUUUCUUUCUUUCUUUCUUUCUUUCUUUCUUUCUUUCUUUCUUUCUUUCUUUCUUUCUUUCUUUCUUUCUUUCUUUCCUUUCUUCAUUCAUUCAUUCUUCCUUUCUCUGA